AUGGCGUACGCCGGACUCCCGUUUUUCUUCUACCACUGCUCUAGCUUAAGAGAAGAAGACGAAGCACGUGAAACGAACGACACCGUUAACGCGAACAUCAACGCCAGCGGGGACGCAAACUCCCGCCACUUGAAUCAGGUUCAUGCUUGCCCGAAGACAGCGCCGGUGCACAAGCGACGAGGGUUCUCCGGACCGGAGACCGACGACACCUCUCGAUCUCGAGGGCGGAGAUACCAUUCGUAG